CGAUUUGUUGCCAUUUCUAUGGUUUUAAACGUCUGCUUGAUUUCUCAUUUCGUAUAGUUAAAUUUUGAUUAUUUUACAGUUUUAAUCGAAUUCGAAUUAGUUAUGGAAGAUCGUGAUGCACUGGAAGAGGAAACUUACGAUGCAUACAAUGGAAGGGAUGCAAUCAUAUUUUUGAUUGACGCGUCAGUUCCUAUGUUCAAAAAACCACCUGUUGAUGACAUAGAUGCUGCACAAACUGAAAACGAUUGUCCCUUCGUUUUAGCCAUAAAGUGUGCUUACGAUACUUUGUGCAGCAAAAUUUUUACAGAUCCAAAUGAUUCUGUUGCUAUUGUACUGUUUGGGACCAAGAAAACAGCUCCCAACGACAAAUAUGGGGUUUAUACAAACACGUUUCUCCUUCAGGACUUGCAGAAUCCAGACUGUGAGCCUAUCACACAGCUGGAUGACAUGCUCAAUAAGGAUGGUGGAAUGGAUGAGUAUAUGUAUGCAGAAAGUAAUCCUCAAUCCAUAUCCUUGGCUGAUUCUCUAUGGCUGUGCAGCUCAAUAUUUUCAAAGCAUAAAUCAAAGACAGAUAAAAAGCAGAUUUUUCUGUUUACCAAUAAUGAUGAACCACAUUCUAAAUUUUCGGCCAAACAAAAGCAAGCAGAACGACGAAUUGGAGACCUACAAGACGGCGGGGUUUCAAUAUUCCUUUUUCCUAUAGGAGAAGAGUUUAACACAACUAAAGUUUAUCAGGAAUUGCUCGUAUCAAAUGACAGAGGCGGCAUUCUUCCAGUUAGCAUGACAACGGACGAACUACUUUUGAAAAUUUGCCGCAAAUGUCAGAAGAAAAGAACUUUUGCAAGUUUGGUCUUCAAUCUAGAUUCGAACACAAAAUUCGGAGUAAGGUUAUACAACUUAAUGAGACCUGCCGCACAACCCAAACGAGUGCCAUUGGAUAAGAGAACAAACGAGCCAGUCAAAUCAGUCACAACUAAAUUCAACGCUGAAACGGCUGAGACUCUAUUACCAAGUGAGCUCAUCAAGUACACAACCGUGUGUGACGAGAAAAUUCGUCUAGACAAAAAUGAUUUAGCAAGCUUGAAAUCCAAAUUUCCGUCUGGGUUUACACUUCUGGGAUUUAAACCUAUCGGGAAACUUAAAAUGCAUUUUCAUCUUAGUCCUGCUAGUUUCAUCUAUCCUGACGAAGAUCUAGUCAAAGGAAGUCGAAUGAUUUUCGGAGCCCUCAUGCAUCGUUGCAAAGCAAGGGGAUUUGCUCCUUUGUGCGUUUUGAAAAUGACAGCAGCGAUGAAACCUCGUAUAGUAGCUUUAUUACCACAUGAAGAGCACGACCCAAAUCAAGCUCCGUUAUUUGGUUUUCAUGUGAUAAUAUUACCUUUCCGAAACGAUGUCCGCAAAUUUAAUUACAAUGAAUUGGUGGAAUCUACAACCGUUCUGAACGAUGAACGUAAAUUUGUUCAACAAAUUUGGAAAGCUGAUCCCAACCAGAUUGAUGCGGCGAAGGCAGUUGUAAAAAAGUUGACCAGUAAAGUUGGAUAUACUCCUUCUGAUUAUUUGGAUCCUGCGCUGCGUACUAAAUGGAAUACCUUGGAAGGGAUGGCCUUAGGUCGUGAAAACAUCGAGAGCGUCGAAGAUUUAGUUAUGCCCGAUCUUGACGCUAUUGACAAUAGACUUGGCCAACGAUCCACGACUUUCAACGAUCUGGUUUUUCCUCUCGGCUACCAGUCUCAAUAUGUACCCUCAGCUUCAAAGGCAAAAGAUCCCCAAAAUGAAGCUGCCGUUGAAGAGGCAGCGAAAAACGGAUGGGUGGAUAAAAUGACUGUUGAUGUUCUUAAAGGCUAUCUUUCAAAUCAAGGAAUAAAGGGCGUCUCUAAAAUGAAAAAAACGGAGUGUGUCGAAAAGAUUAAGUUACACUUAAAUCAAAAAUGAUUCGAAUUCCUUUUUAUGAAGAUACUCUGUAAUUGUUGGUGAAUUACACAGAUGGCAAUUU